UUGAUUUUGGCUGUAUCGGUACUGGUCCCAUGGCAGACUCACCCUACGCAGCUCCCCCAGAGGAAUACGGUUGUCCCCUCUGUACGGAUGUCCUGCGAGACCCCGUCACCAUCCCCUGUGGGGACACAUAUUGCCUGGAGUGCAUAAAGAUCUACUGGGACCAAGCGGACCACCUGGGUGUGUACAGCUGCCCCCAAUGCAGGGCAACCUUCACCCCCCGGCCUGUCCUCAGGAGGAAUGUCCCAAAUGUGGCACAUGACGAUGGCCACCAGCUGCCUAAACUCACCCCCUUCCCAUUCCUGCAGCGCGAUUCCCUCUGUGACUUCUGUAUUGGCCGCAAGAGUAAAGCCGUUAAGUCCUGCCUUAUGUGCUUGGCCUACUACUGCGAGACCCACAUCAAGCCGCAUUAUGAGUCGUCCACCUUCAAGAAGCACAAACUGGUUGAUGAGACAGGACACCUGGAACGCAAGAUCUGCCCACAGCAUGAGAAGGGCCUGGAACUCUUCUGCCGCUCUGACCAGAUGUGCAUCUGCGUGCUGUGCACCGUGAGAGAACAUCGCAGUCAUAACAUUGUCUCAGCAGAUGAGGAGCGUGCUGAAAAACAGAAAACGCUGGUGGUGACACAAGCAGAAAUUCAGCACAUCAUUCAGGACCGGUUGAAGGAGCUACAGGAGCUAAGACACAAUGUGGAAGUUCUUAAAAGCUGUUCAGAGAGAGCCAUGUCUGACUGCAAUAAGACCUUCACUGAGAUGGCAGCGGCUGUGGAGCGCUGGCGCUCUGAGAUCAACAGCUUGAUUGAUGCCAAUGAGCAGGCUGCCAUGUCCCAGGCAGAGGGCUAUGUUGAGCGGCUGGAGCAGGAAAUCAUGGAGCUGCAGCGCAGAGAUAUGGAGCUCAGACACAUCCUGGAAACUGAGGACAACAUCCACUUCCUGCAGAAUUUCCCUACCCUGUGUGUCCCUCCUGAACCGACGGUGCCCAAAGUGCUCAUCAACCCAGAAUUUUCCUUUGAAGAGGUCACUAAAACAGUCACCAAUAUGAAGGAGCACCUAGAGGACAUCUGUAAAAAAGAGCAGAGCAAAAUCUCCAAAACAAUCAGUGAAACGCCAGUAUAUAUAAUGCUACCCAGGAAUGGAGGCAGACGUUUUAAAGCUCCGUCCAGGAAAGAGCUUCAAGAGCCUGAAACCAGAUCAGACUUUCUAAAGUAUUUGUGUCAGCUUACUCUGGACCCCAACACGGCAUACAGAGAGUUGGUCUUGUCUGACGGUAAUCACAAAGUGACCAGAAAAAAGUCAACUCAGUUCUAUCCUGACCACCCAGAGCGAUUUGACAGCUUUUCACAAGUGCUGUGCCAGGAACCACUGAGUGGCUUCCGGUACUACUGGGAGGUACAGUGGAUUGGGGAGUUUUCCCUUGGAUUGGCUUACAAAAGCAUCAGUCGUAAGGGGAAGAAUUCCAGCAGCCUGCUGGGCUACAACGACAAGUCUUGGACCUUGCUCUGCUCUGACACUGGAUACUCUGCCUGGCACAACAAGAUCAACAAAGACCUACCAUCCUCCUUGAAGGUCUCUAGGAUUGGGGUGUACCUGGACUAUGCUGGGGGCUUGAUCGCCUUUUAUGCCGUUUCCAAUUCAAUGCAGCUCAUCCACCGCUUCCAGGCUCGCUUUUCUGAGCCACUGUUUGCUGGGUUUGGGGUUGGCUCAACUGUGUCCAUUUGCCAUUCGAAUUAGAGUUCCACCCUGUUUUAGAGACCGUUUGACAGCAUGAAAGAUCAGUACUGAGAAUAAUCAGCUUCAGCUUGGCACCCUAGAUUUUGUAAUAUAAAUUUGGUUUUAGACAUUUUUUUUUUAAUUUCUUUCUCAAUUAGUUGUAUCAGUGGAAAAUAAAAACGGAUUUCCAAGUAUCAAUUUUCCCAAAAGAUGUUACAGAGAGUAUUUCAUAAAAUAAAGUAAAGUAAGGCGCAUGGUCUGAAACUUUGCUGCUCUGCGGGUGGGGGGAGGGACUCCUUGAGGAGGAUCGCGGCAGGGUUGCGAUGGUGUUUCCUCAGCUGCACACAGGAAUUGAUAAUAGAUGGGGUACAAUAGAUCACUUUUCUGAUAAAAAACAUGAUCGCAGCUCCGGGCUGCGGUGGCACACAGCUAAAGUAACAGACCUUGAUGCAGGCAUCAGUUUGUUACAGUUCCCAGUCCUGCCAAAAAAACCGAGUUUGGCCAGCUCUCAUGGAGUGUCAUAAUUGGCUCGCUGCUACAGAGGGAGGGACUCGGCUGGGGCUGGUAGGAUCGCCGCGUACAAUAGCAUCCCGGUUGCCUCAGAAUCACGGUCACAGGCUAUGAGACGAGACGUCUUGAAGAAGGCAUGUUGUUCUCUGGGCCACCAAGGGAUGAUGUAUCCCCAGCAAACACUAAUUGGAUUAGAUAGGGUACAAUUGGCUAAGGGAAAAAAGGGAAAAAAUCUGAAAUAAAUAGUAAAAAAUUAAAAAACAUGAUCGCAGCUGUCUGGGAUUACCUUGAGAGUUAAAAUAAAUUGAGACAGUCAAAGCCUACCUAAGAACUGUGGCAAGUUCUUUGAUAUGUUAGAAACAAUCUACCAGCCAAUUUUCUUAUAACGGCUUGUUUUCAAAGUUGGCAAGCCAGCUGUUACAGAUCAAUACGAAACAAACACUGCUGGGACCACUCAUUCUGUCUGUAAUUCAGAGACAUACAUGCUUUUUAUAAUUGCAUGACUGUGUAGUUUAUUAAAUUUGAAUUAGACAUCAAAAUUCUAAAUUUCAAUAAUGAAUUGUCCAUAGACUUAACACGGGGAGACACAAUGUUAACAUAAAUCAGGCAAAUCUAAAGUUUGAAAAAAACAUUAGAAUCACAACAGCAUUAUGUUCAGCAACAGUUUCACAGGCAGGUUGUAGAUUACAUUACAUAGCACAACAACAGCAGUGCCCGCAGUCUCACUGACUGUACAAAGUGGAAAACACUUUGCAUUUUAUGAAAAUGUGUAGGAUAUAGUAAAGCGAGGGUGGCCAAAAAGAGACCAGACAGCAAGGGCAGUGUACAUAUAGAGCAAACUUACAGCUAAUUUGGCAGCUGUUACACAUCCCCUGUACUUGGCACUGCAUCCUCCCAAUCUCCACCAACUUCAAGGCAAUAGGCACGCAACAUGGACUUAAACGAUUGGUGAUAGCGUUCUAAAGCGCCUUGGGACUCAGGGUGGAACACGCUGGAAGUACAAUGCUUAACGUGGAGUGACUUUGUGUUUGUUAGUCCUGAAAAGUAAUCAGUCAUACCGUUUUUGCACUGAUUAUAGACGUGGUAAUGCAGUUACCAUUCCCGACAGUUAUCCAUUGCCCCGAAUGGAUGAUUGUGUCGAUCGUGUUGGCUCGGCGAAGUUCGUGACUAAGUUAGACCUCCUAAAAGGUUAUUGGCAGGUCAAGCUUACUGAACGAGCCAAAAAGAUUGUCACCCUUGAUUCAUUUUUACAAUAUACAGUCAUGGCCUUUGGAAUGCACAACGCGCCAGCUUGCUUUCAAAGGCUUGUUAACAUCAUAAUUAAAGGAAUGACAGGGUGUGGGGCCUAUUUGGAUGAUCUAAUCCUGUACAGUAAUUCAUGGAAUAUUCAUCUGCAACAGCUUCGAGAGCUUUGUUUCUCUGAAGUCACAGUGAGUCUACAUAACUGACAUUGAGAUACAUGUUCUUCUGUACUCUUGCGGUUACAUAAACAUUCUCUUCUUAUGAGCUUUGUUUUUAUAUGAAGUUAAUGGUAGCUACAUUUUCAUGAUACAUGUUUAUGAUUAUUUGGUUUAGCUUUUUUUAAACACAGUUGCUUCACGUAGCGCUACACUCUAAAAAAUUCUGGUUUGAAAAUAACCCAAUAUGGGUAGUUUCUGACCCAGCUGCUGAGCACAUGCUGGGUUGAUCCAACACAUUGAUUUGGGUUAGGUUUAGCCAAGCAAAACUGGGUUGAUCAUUACAGCCUAAUGUUGGUUUAUUGAGUUUUUAUGGGUUUGAAUUGAAUCUCGUGGCUGGGUUAUGUUUGUAUUUCAGUGUCCCUGUGAUUCCCGGAAAAAUGUUAAAUUAAUUAUCAUUAAUAAACACAAACACAAGAUAA